AAAAACCUGUCUUUUGCCGUCUCUCUCUCACAGAUUGCUUGGAUCUUCCUCUCUUGAUCCCAAAACCCCUAAAUUAAUCACACACUCUGUCUCCAAAGCCCUAAUCACAAUUCUCUCAGAUCCAUCAACCCUUUGGAUCCUUUUCACUGAAUUGCUGGAUCCAAUUCUCUCUGAUCACUGAUUUAGGUUGGGGUUUGAUCCUGUUUAUCGAAGAUUGAUACUUGUUGGAGAUAAAAGGAGGAGUUUUUAGGUUGGAUUGGUUUGACAAAAUAUGACUUCUAACGUGCCUCCAGGGGCACCUAGACAAUCCCCACCACCUAAUUAUAACCCAAAUUAUCAGCAAAACCCGAAUAUUUUAUCUGAUAAUUUCCAGAAUUUGAAUCUCAAUCGGCCCCCUUCAAUGGCGAAUUCAGCUCCCAGGCCUUCGCCAUUCAGCCAACCAUCACCAUUUCCCUCCUCAGUUCCUUCACCGCAAUUUUCCAGGCCGGGCGCACCACCUAUUGGUGCUGUUCCUAGACCUUCAGUGCCUCCCUCGGGAUCUCCAUCCACAUUUUCCUCAAAUGUGGCCCCUGGUAGACCUACUGGGCCGCCUUUCAGUCAGCCACCACCCUUUGGGUCCAGACCACCACCUGGGUCAUUCCAAUCCUAUACCAGUGGUGGUAUGGUAGCGGGUCCUGUCUCUGGUGCACUGCCAGUAGGUGCUCGUCCAAGUCCUGCCGCAUCAUCUUCUUCUCCUCCUCAGAAUGUGCCCCCAUCAAGUUCAUUUGGUGGUUUAGUAAGUAAUGGGCCACCAGCCCCUGCUUUCCAGAGCGCUCCACGUUUUCCUCCCUCUGUUAGUGCACCACAGCAACAACCUAUGGGUCCUCCACCAACAAUGGGGGUGGCUCGCUCGCCCCCUCAAAGCAUGCGCCCUUUAAUGGGGAGUUCAGGGUUUAGUGGCCAACCAGUUGCUCCAUUUUCUGCACCACCUCAAGGGACACCAUUUUAUGCACCACCUCAAGGGACACCAUUUUCAGCACCACCUCAAGGGGCACCAUUCUAUGCACCACCUCAAGGGACACCAUUUUCAGCACCACCUCAAGGGACACCAUUUUCAGCACAGCAAGGGAUGACACCACCACCUAUAGGUUCUCCUUUUGCACCACAGAUGCAACCACAGUCUGUUGCUCAACCUCCACCAAUUCCCGGUUCUGCACAACCACCUAGAAUGUUUGGAAUGCCGCCACUACUACCGAAUCAAAUGACUGCUAUAUCACCAGUUAUUGGUCACACUGGAAGUCCUUUAUCAGGGGCAUCAAAGAUUGAUCCCAAUCAAAUUCCCCGGCCCAUUCCAGGUUCCUCUGUGAUCCUACAUGAUACUCGUGCAGGAAAUCAGGCCAACCCACCUCCGCCUGCUACAAGUGACUACAUUGUUACAGACACUGGGAAUUGCAGUCCACGCUACAUGAGGUGUACCAUCAAUCAGAUUCCAUGCACGGUUGAUUUGUUAUCAACAUCUGGCAUGCAGUUGGCUCUGUUGGUCCAACCUCUGGCCCUUCCUCAUUCAUCUGAGGAGGCUGUCCAGGUUGUUGAUUUUGGAGAAAGUGGUCCUGUUCGCUGUUCUCGUUGCAAAGGCUACAUAAAUCCUUUUAUGAAAUUCAUUGAUCAAGGGAGGCGAUUUAUAUGCAAUUUGUGUGGGUUCACUGAUGAGACUCCCCGUGACUACCUCUGCAAUCUAGGUCCAGAUGGUAGACGUAGAGAUGCUGAUGAAAGGCCCGAGCUAUGCAGGGGAACAGUUGAAUUUGUGGCCACAAAAGAAUUCAUGGUUCGUGAUCCCAUGCCGGCUGUGUAUUUCUUCCUAAUUGAUGUAUCCAUGCAUGCCAUACAAACUGGUGCAACUGCUGCAGCUUGCAGCUCAAUUAGUCAAGUUAUUGCUGAUCUUCCAGAAGGGCCACGGACAAUGGUGGGCAUUGCAACAUUUGAUUCAACAAUCCAUUUUUACAAUUUGAAACGGGCAUUACAACAGCCACUGAUGCUUAUUGUACCUGAUAUACAUGAUGUUUAUACUCCUUUGCAAACUGAUGUUAUUGUUCCGCUUUCUGAGUGCCGUCAACAUUUGGAGCUAUUAUUGGAAAGUAUUCCAACUAUGUUUCGGAAUAGUAGAAUUGCUGAAUCAUCUUUCAGUGCAGCAAUCAAGGCAGCAUUCUUGGCAAUGAAAAAUACUGGAGGGAAGCUUUUGGUAUUUCAAUCAGUCUUACCUUCUGUUGGUGUUGGAGCCCUUUCUGCUCGAGAGGCUGAGGGAAGAAGUAACAUCUCUACAGGGGAGAAGGAGGCCCAUAAAUUACUCCAACCAGCCGACAAAACUUUGAAGGAAAUGGCCAUUGAAUUUGCUGAAUAUCAGGUCUGUGUUGAUGUGUUCAUCACUACCCAGACUUAUGUGGACAUUGCUUCUAUCUCUGUCAUACCUAAAACAACUGGAGGGCAGGUUUAUUAUUACUAUCCUUUCUCUGCUGUCUCUGAUCCAGCAAAGCUGUACAAUGAUCUUAGAUGGAAUGUCACAAGGCCUCAAGGUUUUGAGGCAGUGAUGCGUGUGAGGUGCAGCCAGGGCAUUCAAAUUCAAGAAUACCAUGGAAACUUUUGCAAGCGCAUUCCAACAGAUAUUGACCUGGCUGUGAUUGAUUGUGACAAAACUAUAAUGGUCACAUUAAAACAUGACGAUAAAUUGCAGGAUGGCACGGAAUGUGCUUUUCAGUGUGCCCUCCUCUACACCACUGUGUAUGGCCAAAGAAGAAUUCGUGUUGCAAAUUUAUCACUGCCAUGCACAAACAAUUUAAGUAAUUUGUUCCGCUUGGCUGACUUGGAUUCCCAAUUUGUGUGUUUCUUGAAGCAAGCGGCAAACGAAAUCCCUUCCAACCCAUCCUUGGUUGUCCAAGAACAAGUGACAAACUUUUGCAUAAACAUUCUGCUUUCAUAUCGCAAAUUUUGUGCAACAGUAUCGUCAUCAGGACAACUCAUCCUUCCAGAGGCACUUAAACUUCUGCCCCUGUACACCCUUGCAUUAAUUAAAAGUACAGGGUUGAAAGUCAAUGGGAGGAUUGAUGAUCGGUCAUUUUGGAUCAGUUAUGUUUCCUCAGUUUCUACACCUUUAGCGAUUCCCUUGGUGUAUCCUAGGAUGAUUGCAAUUCACAACCUUGAUUCACAGGAAGCAGAUGGAUCUCGUAUCCCUCCUGCACUCGCGCUUUCUAGUGAAUAUGUGAGUGAGGAUGGAAUUUAUCUUCUUGAGAAUGGCCAGGAUGGCUUAAUAUAUAUUGGGAACUCAGUUAAUUCAGAUACCUUGCAAAAACUUUUUGGCCUUUCCUCCGUAGCUGAAAUUCCAACUCAGUAUUCUCAGUUUGUUCUGGAGCAAUAUGACAAUCCACUAUCAAAGAAACUAAAUAAUGUGGUGAAUGAGAUACGACGGCAAAGAUGUUCUUUCCUGCGCUUAAAGUUGUGUAAAAAAGGAGAUCCAUCAGGAAUGUCAUUCUUCUCAUAUUUGGUUGAAGACAAGGUUCCAGUCGGUGGUCUCUCCUAUGUAGAAUUCCUAGUGCAUAUCCAUCGGCAAAUUCAAGUAAAAAUGUCUUCAUAAUUCUGGCAUCUUCAGUUUGAUUUUACAAGUCUUGACAAGCAGCAGCAAGGACAGAUCUGAUUCAAAGUGAAGAAAAUCGAUGACUUGCUUGAUGUGUGCUCCUGGGAUCAGCAACUCUAUUUAUUUACAGAAAGCAGGCUGGGAUGAAUUUUGUGAUGGAAGUUUUGUUGAGUGUGGUUCUAUAUUUUAUAACAGUGGCUGCCAAAUAAUAAAAUAUAAAGCUUUCAUUUAUUGCUGUUCCCCACCCUUUCCUUUUGUUUUAGUCAUUGUCUUCCCCAUGGUGGCAAGAUAUCCAUCCGCCGAGUAAAAGCACUGUAAGAAUUCCUGUAGUGGAGGGGAAGAUGCAAAACAAUUUUUGUAAUUACACCGCUUUGUUAGAUGUAUACAUUUAUAUGACAAUUUUAAUGAGAAAGUUCACAGAAUCGUUGAGACAA